CCAAAACAUUCAUCCAUCCACUUCCUCACCGUUUCUUCCAACUCUGGGUCGCAGAUGAGACACAGCCUGUCCCAGCACGCCGCAGGCGCAAGGCAGGAUACACCCUGGACGGGACGCCAGAUUGUUUCAUCUUUGAGCGUCUAACACGUCUUAGGUCUGAUAAUUGCACUAGCACGGGGACAGGUACGUGGGCGAGAAUCGGGAUGUAGUAGUUUAACUCUGAUCACACACCACACUUACUACCGAGGGCAAGGAGGAACCAAGCACAAGAAGCUCUACUCAGAAACUGAGGCCAGCAGGUGCGAACUGGAAACGUGACCUCUUCCGGAGAGCCUCAGUCUUCUCAGAGGUGGCCGCGGCGAGUUCCGAUUCAUCUCUCAGUUCAGUUAACCUUGACUCACGACAUUGUUACCUGAACAAGGCUCCACACCCGAAACGUUAUGUUUCUUUUCUUGUCCUUUCAGCGUGGAAUAAACCUUUACUCGUUCCUUGACUCAUUACGACUGAUUAAGACCGGGAAUGUCUCAAUUGUUUAAUUAAGAUCUUAGAUGCAAUUAAAAACUUCAAUGCCCAGCUGCUCACAUUCUUUUUAUAAGCAUCAGUCAUAGCAAUAUAAAUAGGAUGUACAGAGACCCCGACGACAAAAAUUGUAGAACUUGGCAAAAUCCUGUUUUUGGUGUCCCAGUACUUUCAUGAAGCACCAGCUCUAUGAGAAACUGACGUAAAACGUGAGUUUUACACAAGGAAAGUACGGUGCUUUCGGGACAGGCCGUUUUAUGGGCACCCAUGUGGCUUUGUUUCUCGUCCAGAUGUUCUGUCGGAAUGACAAACCGAGCGGGGCGGCGAACCAGACAACUCCACGACAACCGCAAUCAACACACAAUCCCUCUCUCUACUCAUCGACACUCUCCUCUUCCCAACAAGCCCGUCCGAAUCGAAAAUUAGAAGAGAAACCCCGGACGUUUGAAGAGGGUUAAAACAUUUCUCCCGGAUAGAGAUUUAAGGACCAAAACCGGUUAAACGCGUUUGUCAGGGCGUUCGCGACGCGUUGAAUGUAUUGCGUAAUGGGUUGUCUUUUACCCUUUAAAAGCACGACGUGUCCGGGGGGAAACGGCCGUAUUCUACACAGACUAAGUAACAUGCAGCAGCGCGGACAGAGAGGUUUGGGAGAGAAAUCUGCAGAAUUUUUGGAGACCUUUAAGAUUCCAGUUACGCCCAAAAGAAUAGGCAAUAGUAUUGGAUGGUAGGGGAGUUUCUCCUUAGGGUAACAACAGAACAUGUACAGAAAUUACUCAACGAAUCAAUUAACAUCUAGAAUCUUAUUGGGUGAUGUGAAGAUUUUAGAAAAAUGUAACAAUAAUUCUAUUAGAAACCUACGUUUACCAACAUACCUUCCAACUGCAAACACUUAUUGGAACUUAAAUUUUAAUAAUAUAAUAUAUUAUAUAUUGGCAGAGAAUAUGGGAAAAAACAGAAAAUGUUUAUUGUCUUACAAAUAAAAUUAAAGAAGUCUCACAUAAAGUUAUAAAAUGUGUCCUGUUUAACAAACAUUAUCCAGAAUCAAACUCGAAUUAGAUGACCAAUGUGUAUUUUGUAACAUGAAUAAAGAAGACAUACUUUAUUUGUUCUACCAAAAUGUUUUGUAGCGACUCAGAACAUUUCCUACUAAGAUGUUUAAAUAUGAAGAUUUCUUUUAAUUGAUAUGACACCUUACUUUUACACGCUGGAAUAUGAACCAUAAGCUUAUAUUUAUAAUAAUCCUACUGCUAAUCGGGAGAUAUCGUAUCCAUAAAAAAUGGUCAAAGUCUUCUUCCAAAUAUAAAUCUGUAUUAAAAUAAAAAUUGGAUUUUAUUUCAAAAACUAUUCAAGAAAGCAGGACUAUUCUUAUGAUGUAUGUAUACAUUAUUUUGUUCGACGUUAACUUAUUGUUGUAUGUGUUCUGUUUAUGGUCAUAAGUAAAGCAUUGAAAAAUAAAAAAAACAGCUCAAAAUCAAACCGGAAAUUACGUUUUCAACUUGCGACGUCGUCGUAUUUCACCGUCAUUGCUGUCCGGGGUUCAGGAAGAGUGAGUGUUUCCGACCUGAGGACCAGCUGUUAGGGAUACUCGCUCUAGAUCAUUCAACAUGUGUGCCGGUUUUCCGAGGAGAAACCGAACCCGUCCCUCCUGCACCUUUUAAAAAAACGUGGAUUUGCACGCGUAGCCAUGAUUACUGUCAUAACAAGCGACUGGCGUGUGUAACACGGUGCUUAACACCGCCUGCGGCAGCUGACAGCUCCGCCGAGCCGAGGAGGAGUGGAGCCGAGCCCUGAGAGAAAGCUGGUUGUUACCAGGGCCGUGUCUCUCGCAAGCCUUACUAAAACUGCGGCUUGCGAAAGCUUUCAAUACGCUUGACUCGGAUGUGGGAAGCGCUAGAAACGACACAGCCUCCGCUUGACCUGACCACAAAAGCCGUAUUUUGUCCCCUCCCGCCUGGGUUUAUUUCGGCAACAGGUGUAAAUAGGUAUGACGUGAUGCAGGGGACUCGGCGAAAGAAGUAUGAAAAAAAAAAUUGAAUGGCUUUUUCUGAACUCGGCCUAAAGAAGGCCUCCUCGCAACUCUGAACUGCUUAUCCGUACGGGUGAAUCAUGCGGAACAGGAAAGGAAAUUCUAAAUAGCGCGGAAAUUUUAUUUUUUUAAAAUGCCGCGGUUGGAGGAAAUUGCAAACGUCGCCUUGAGAGUUCCCAGCAUUAUGGUCUUAGACCUCUUGUACAAAUGUGACGUUGAGAGUUUCACCGAGCAGCUGAAGGCGAGGAACGAAGACAUGCUGUUCAAGUACAAAUAUGUCAUCUGGAAUGUGUAUUAUCUGGGUCACUUGGUCAGUGUGGUUGUGCUUGUCUUGCCUCUGAGACACAUCGUCAAGCUGUACCUCUAUAUCCUCACUGCCUUGCUUCUCUACGUUGGACAUCAAAUUUCCAGGGACUACGUGCGUGGAGAGAUCCAGCAUGGGUAUGAAGGAGCUGUCUACCUGGACGCGUUCGCUUUCCAUCGUUUCGUCACGGCGCUGACAAGUCAGAUCAUUCUCGGCACGCUCUGUGCCUUCCUGAUGAAGACCAGGCAGGUGUGGCUGUUCUCUGCCCACCUGCUGCCCUUGGCAGCUCGCCUGUGCUCUGCACACAAUGCCACGCUGAUCACGGUCAGUUCCUUCGCCAUGGUGCUCACUGGCGUGGAGGUGAUAAUCAUCCUGCUCUCCAACCUCUUUGUGCCUUACCAGCUGGCUCGGUCCGCCUGCCGGGAGAUCCUGCAGCUCGAGUUAGAGCCAUACAGACUGCUCGCAGUGGUCAUUUCCUUGUGGAAUCAGUUUGCUGUCCCAGUUCUCUUCAGUGUCUUCUGGUUCGUCCUGUUCCUGGUGCAGAUCUACUCUUACAUUACAGCCAGCAAUAACGGCAUAGCCCUGCAGGGGGUGCUGUUUGUCUUCCUGACCAGUGUGUCCGAGUGCUGCUCCAGCCCGUACUCCCUGCUGGGUCUGACCUUCGUGGUGUCCUACCUGGCACUGGGGCUUCUCAACCUCUGCAAGUUCUACCUGGGGGGCUACGCUGCAGUCCAGAAUGAGAACGUUAUGCACAGGGGGGUGACGGAGGGCGUGACGUUGCUCCUGCUGGCUCUGCAGACGGGGCUCCUGGACAUGCAGGUGCUGCAGCGCACCUUCCUGCUCAGCAUCAUCCUCUUCAUCGUGGUCACUUCCACACUGCAGUCCAUGAUCGAGAUCACCGACCCCAUCAUCCUGGCACUGGGUGCCUCCCGAAACAGGAGCCUGUGGAAGCACUUCAGGGGGCUCGGUAUGUGCCUGUUCCUGCUCGUGUUUCCUGUCUUCAUGGCCUGGAAGAUAUCGCAGUUCUUCCAAAUGGAUUUCUGGCUCCUGAUCCUGGUCUCCAGCUGCAUGCUGACUUCACUGCAGGUGACGGGGACCCUGCUGAUCUACUCCUUGUUCAUGGUGGAGCUGGCGCGGCGGGACCCCAUCGAGAGUCUGGACGAGAUCAUCUACUACGUCAACGCCGUGAGCCGCGUGCUGGAGUUCCUGGUGGCGCUUUGCGUGGUGGGGUACGGCACCUGGGAGUCGCUCUUCGGGGAGUGGAGCUGGAUGGGCGCCUCGGUCAUCAUCAUCCACUCCUACUUCAACGUCUGGCUGCGCGCCCAGUCCGGCUGGAGGAGCUUCCUGCUCAGACAGGAAGCUGCCAAGAAGAUCAACUCCCUGCCCCGCGCCACAGAGGACCAGCUGAAGCUGCACAAUGACGUCUGUGCCAUCUGCUUCCAGGAGAUGAGUUCGGCGGUAGUGACGUACUGUGGCCAUUUCUUCCACGCCAGCUGCCUGCGCAAGUGGCUGUAUGUCCAGGAGACCUGCCCCAUGUGCCACCAGCCCGUGAAGCCCCGGGCGUCCCCUCUGAACGAGGACCAGCCCCCUGCAGCCCGAAACCCCGAGGGCGGCGGGGGCCGGAGGGAGGGGGCGGGAGGCGAGGCUCCAGGCCUCCGGGCCGAGUGGGGGGCAGACCGGGAGCGGGGACAGGAGGCCCCGGCGGACCCCCGGGGGGGAGCCGGGGCGGCGGUGCGGGGCUCUCGCUGCGGCGCGGCUGUGGACUUUGAGGGGUUCGCCAGCCCCGUUUCGCCCAGCACCCCGACGGAGCUCUCGUCUCCGCCUGCUCUCCGCGGGUGCGGUGCCAGAUCGCUUUCGGGGACUGCAGGGGAGCACCUGGAAAACAGCAGGGGCCGCGUCGCACCUCAGGAGCAUCCUGCACCCCGCAUGGAGCCAGCAGACGGGGCACCGCCCGGGGAAGACCAGACGGCGGGGUCCCCUCCUCUCUGCGGGGACGUGCGAGGAGGAGCAGCAGGAUCAUCACUUUGGCCUGGCAGGGAUUCAGGGGAAGUAACAGGCAGGCCGAAUAUUCACUGGAAGAUGGACUUUGAGCCUUUGUUGAAGACUCAUACACCUGUGCCAGUGAGAGGAGGCAGAGAACCUCAUGCAGAAUUACUGAACAAUGGCAGGAAACUUGGUAAAGUGGAAGUGAGUAGGAAAGGCUUUGUCCAAGGUGAAAGUGACCUGACGGGGAGUUCCAGAGCAGGACAGUGGUUGAAUUCAAAAGUAGAGACCCAACUCCCAACACGGAGCGAGGACCUCUUAUCAGACCGACCAGGCCUGUUUCUGCAAACACAGAGCGAUGGAGAUGUGGAACAAGCUGGAGAAAGGGACUGUGAUGGUUUGGGUGACAGCUAAUCCCGGCAGUGUCUGGAGUCUGGCAGCAGCGCAGAGCUUCAGACACACCGGGGCGCAGGAGACCCUGGAGAGGAGAACUGUGCUGGAACAGAGCCGGCUUCACAGCUGUGGUUCCCCACAGCCCUGAAAGAGGAGAACUUGUAUGCCUCAUGUCAACAAAAAACUUAAAUGUGUUGCCCAAAAUAAAACACAGUUAACUUAAAAUAACUUAAUUUUUUUUUCAGAAUUUUAACCAAAAUAUGUUCUUUGACUUCUGAUCCUUCAUUAACCCAGUUAUUGUCCAACAGCUCUUAAAAUUAGUCAAAUGGAGUGUUAAAGGGCGUUAAUGGUGCACUUUGUGCAAGUAGCAGAGAUUUGUAACAAGAUUUCAUUUAAAGAAAACGAUUUUAUGCUUAUUUACCCAAAUGGUUGUAAUCAGUUCUGCGAUUUUGGAAAAAAUAAAGUUUCUGCAAAGUUUGUGCAGAUUUUUGUGCAUGAUG